AUGGAAACCUUUAUUCGUUUGGCAGAAUCUGUAAUCGAAUUUGAAUCAGAUUACAGUAGCACACCAGCCGCAGAGCAAAACAAACACGGCCUUGCAAUACAGCAAGACGAACUAAAGGCUUUGUGGGAAAAGACCAAAGUAGCUUAUGACGCGAUCAUAAAUAAUGAAGGAAUUUCUAAAGAUGACAUUAAAGCAAUUAGACGGAAACAUAAGGGCUCGUUUUCCAGCUAUGUCAAAUGCAUGUCGGCAAUGGCUAGUCAGUCUGACACGCUUGUAAACGCAGAGAAGGAUGUACAAGAUCAGUCGGUUCGUGAACACAAUAUUCACCUCCCUCCGUGUGACACAGAUGUGUUCAAGGGCGACUAUCUGUCAUGGCCAGCGUUCCGUGACAUGUUCACAGCCAUAUACAUCCUCAACAAGCGACUCACCCCUGUUGAGAAACUAUUUCACCUGAAUCAGAAGACUCAAGGGGAAGCCAAAGACAUAGUAAGAAAAUGUCCACUCACCAAUGAAGGUUUUCAAACGGCCUGGAAUAACCUGUGUGAGAGUUAUGAAAAUAAGCGUAUCAUAAAUAAGCAACUAAAAAUUCUUUUUAAUCUAAUUUCUAUAGAUAGUGAGUGUGGUAGCUCACUGAAGAAGUUGCAGCGCGAUAUAAAUAAUUGCUUAUCAGCCCUCAAGAGCCACAACAUUGACAUAUCGAAUUGGGAUGCAAUUAUUGUAUAUCUUUGCUCAACUAAACUUCCCGACUGUACGCUGGCUCUAUGGGAACAAACCAUAGACCAUAAGAAAGAUUUACCAAAGUGGGAAGACUUGGACAAGUUCCUAUCGAAUAGGUUUCAAACCUUGGAAACCAUGUCAGGCAUAAAAGGCACAAAGUCUGUAAAAGCGUCAAAGCCGCAAAACACCAGACAUCCCUCAGAAGCCCCCACAAAAAGACUUGGCGCGUUCCAAACAAACGUAACCAAGUACACAUGUAAAAUGUGCCAAACAAAUGAACACAAAUUACGCCGCUGUUCCCAUUUCCUAAAGCUAACGCCAACUGAAAGGAUAGAGUUUUUAAAGAGCAACAAUGCUUGCCUGAAUUGUCUGAGUUCUGGACAUACUGUAUCAAGAUGCACAAGCCCUUUCAAUUGCGGCACGUGUCACUCGCGACAUCAUUCGCUCCUUCACACCCAGACAAUUCCGCCAAAGGCAACACUGCCUCAAACGCCACCGAGCUCUGCCAAAGAUGUUGCCUCAACCUCGAAACAAGCUGCAGCAAGGCGUAACUUCAAUAAAACUAACUCCGGUAAAAGCAAAAACGUUAAGUCUAAUUAUGUAAAUAUGAACUCAGGUGUACUUUUAGGAACGGCUCGUGUAAAUAUACAUCUCAAUGGUACAGAUUUUUCAGCACGAGCACUCAUUGAUUCUGGUUCUGAGUGUUCCUUUAUAACAGAACGACUCAAACGCAGAAUCAACCUGCCAUCUAAGAAUAUGUAUGCCAAAGUUUCAGGCAUCACGAAUUCAACUUCUGCUCAGGUCAAGGAGGCAUGCAACAUAGAACUACGGUCCCCUGUUGACCUACUGUUUAGCCUACAUGCAACAGUGCUCGUGCUGACAAAAUUAACUGGAAAUCUUCCAUCCUGCCAUAUCAGCGCUAUGACUAUGCAGGCAUUUCCAGAUUUGAUUUUAGCAGAUAAAAGGUUCUACGUUAACGAAGAAGUAGACCUAGUACUUGGCGGAGACAUUUAUCCCCAAAUUAUUUUGUGCGGCUUGAAGAAAAAUGUUCUCAGUACACUUCUUGCCCAAGAAACCGUGUUCGGUUGGAUUUUAACCGGUUGCACAGAAGCACCAAAUCCAACAAACAACAUAGUUUCUUAUCAUAGCGAAGUUGCCUUGGAUAAACAACUAACAGCUUUCUGGGAACUAGAAGAUAUACCGAAAAACAAAAAUUUAAACGAAGACGACAA